AUGUAGAAUGCAAAUAAAAUCAAAUGGAUUUUUUGGAUUAGUAUUAUCUUUCCUCUAGGAAAAUAACUAAAUCCAAUAAAUCAAGAAGAAAUGCUAAAUUUUUUGGAAGACUAAUUAUUUAAAGGGAAUUGGGAAUCUACAAAUUUGACAACCAAAUAAUAUAGUUUUCUCGAUGUUGAUACUGGUAUAGUCUUUGUAGGCUUGAAGAAUCAAUUAUUAUUUUUUAGAAUGCGAAAUCCUAAAUACAAAGACGAUAAAAUAGUAUAUGGUAUCUUAGAAAUUAAUAAUUAUAAUUAAACCUUAAUGUAAAGUUUGAAAUAGUUAUUUCUAUAGGACUUGGAAUGAUAAUGGAGUCAUAUCUUUAGAAGGCUACAAUAAUCAGAAAACUAUUUGGAUUGAAAAAAAUUGCUCAUUACAAUAUAGUGUUUAAAUUAUUUUUGAAAAUGCAACUUAAAUUAUAUAAAACACUCAUAUCAAAAUUACAUUAAAUAAUCUAGAUACAUAAAACUUACAUUGCUUGUUUAAUUUAAAUUUUUCAUUAAAAUAUGACCCAUAAGAAGUUUUAGGGUUUAAUAUUUUUUAGGUUUGCUAUUUAUUUUUUUUUUGUACAGAGGUUCUCUUAAUUAUAGAUUAACUUUUUCGUAAAAGACUAAAAAUUUCUUAUGUAUAAAUUGUUAUUUUUACUUAGAUUUCAUAUUCAGCGAUUAUUAUUAAAGAAUUGUCAAUAUUUGAUCUAUAUAUAUUUACAUUUGAUUCUAUUGUAAAAGGAAAUAUUGAAAUUUUUAUGGUUAUGCUCGUAAUGUUGUAUUCAAUAUUGAUGAAUAGUUUGAAGUUUUUUUUGAUUUAAAAAAAAUUUGAAAAUAGGCAUUUCAUGAGAAAAUGUACAUUUUGGAAAGCAAUUUUGAUUUGCUCCUUUUAAUUAAUGUGCUCUUUCUUUUUGAUUAUCCAAUUUUAAAAUUAUAACUUCCUAAAAGUUAUUUUUUCAAUGAUCAUAUAUGCAUAAAUUAUUCAUAAUGUUAGGGUAAAUUGUAAAGAAGACUUUAACAUGAUUUACAUUUUUGGAUAUUUGUCUCCUCAUGUUAUACUUAAUGUAAAAUAAAUAAAUUAUAUAGUCUUAUAUUUAAAUAUGUCCAGAGAAUAAUUAUAGUCUCAAGCCUCAUUAUUUUUUAUUCACUUGUCUUUUUUGUAUAUAUUUCAGUUCCAUUUUCCUAAUCUAUUUAUAAAAAAUACACGGAUCGAGAUAUCUGAUUUCUUGGUGUAUUAAAAAUAGAUUCAUAAGAUAAGAUUCUAAUCCUUGUCCUUGUUGUCUGAGUGAUAUGGGAAAACAAGAUGAAAAUUUAAUGCUAGAAUAGUUUAUAAUUACAACUCCUUGCAAUCAUCAAUUUCAUAAUGAUUGCUUAGAAUAAUGGAGAUAAAAUAAGAAUGAUUGUCCUGUAUGUAGGCAUUAGUUUCAUUGA